AUGUCCAUCUCGCACGACUACGGUGUCCUCAUCGAUGACGAGGGCAUCGCCCUCUGCGGGCUCUUCAUCAUCGACCCCAAGGGCAUCCUCAGCACCAAGAAGGCCUCCGGUUCCUCGAAGUUCGUGUGGCCACCGGUACCUGCAGACAGGGCCAAGCUCAGGUAG